AUGAGAUCAAGCCUCGCUUCUCACCUCCUUAUUGCCGCCAUCUUGGCUACCACGUCGCUCGCUGACAGCACUAUCAGCAAGACCGCAACGGGUGAUGUUGUUCAAAGUAUGUCAGUGUGGGGAGCGCCGGUAGUCGCAUCAACCGGUACCAACAUUACCAGUGUGAAGCCUACCUUUGGUAAGAUUACUUCGAAGUCCGGCGAGUGCGUCGUCGCCUCACCGACCGAGUACAUUAGCGAGGAAUACUUGGAUUGGGUUUGGGAGCAUCGAAUUGGUCCGAACGCCGACACGUCUGACAAAGCCAACUGGAACGUCAUGGCUAACAAGAAUUUCCUCAUGGAUAAGCUUGUGCACAACAAAGGAUCGAUCAACUACUGCGUUCGCUGGGACAGCAGUACGAAGCUGUCCAAGGGUGUGGCUUCCACGUUCCAGGGCAUCCUGGAACGCCACUUCAACAAGUGGAACAAGUGGUUGGAAGGCUACAAUUGCUGGCCGUUCACGGAGAUCAAGGUGAAUAUGGUGGGUUGGGCCGCUAAGGACAAGUCACAGUUCGAAUGGACGGAUGACACGCUUGGUCCGGUUUACGAGGGAAGUGUCGACUCGGACGGUGUGCCGCAGUGUCCUGACGAGUGUUACCGGUACUACGACAAUGUGAACAAUAUAUGGUCGGACACGAGCGCGUGCCAAGGUGAGCCAUUCGAUGUCUCGUUCUGGCUGAAUGACAAGAUCCCUUACGGCUUUGGCUACGAUUGGGGCCAGGAGGUGAGUCUUAACGACACGCUGAGCAACCUGUACGAUGAGAACAUUCUGUUUAUCGGCCACGAAAUCGGUCACGGCUUCGGUUUGCCAGAUUUUUAUGGUCUGGAGACCAAGCCGUCCAAGGACUUCCCUAACUCCAUCAUGAUGGCCUACAGCUCGUCCACCAUUACGCCGAGCGAUGGCUGGAUGCUACGUCGCAUCCUCGACCACGUCAGGGAUCGCUACAACUUCUAA